AUGCCUUCGGACAAGGCAGCCUACCUUGCAGCGCACUAUCUCACAGCCGAGACAAAACCCUCGUCAUCCUCCUCCAAGAAGCGCAAGCGCAAGGCCACCACCAACUCAUCCGGCCUGCUUAUUACCGACGACGACGAGACGGGAUGGGGUUCCAGUGCGCGUCCCGAUGCCGACGAAGACGACGAUGCGCCAAUCGCCGUGGUGGCCGGGAGCACAAGCGACUUUCGGCGCGCCAAAACAUCUAAUUGGAAGACCGUCGGCACAUCUGCCCUCGCCAGCGCCAGCAGGCAAACCCCCGGCACGCAACAAGAUGCCGACGCAGCCGCUGCAGCAGACGCAAUCAUAGCCUCGGCGGCCGCCGAAUCCGCCGCCGCCGCAGCCCGCGAAGAAGCCGAGGACCUCCUCCCGCCCAAUGCCACCUCAACCACCACAACGACAACACCCAUGAUGUCGAACGGCACACAAGCAGGGCUUCAAUCCGCCAAGGCCUUGACCGCGCAACUACGCGCACGGCAGGAGCAAGAAAGGGAGGAGCUGGCGCAGCUCCAAGCCGAGCGCAGGAAACAACAACAACAACAAGAGGCAGACCAAGACGGGGAGACCGUAGUCCUGCGGGACGCGACGGGCCGGCGAGUGGACGUUGCGAUGCGGCGGGCUGAAGCGCGCCGGCAGGCCGCCGAGGCGGCGCGGGCCGAGGAGGAGCGCAAGCGGCUGCUCACGGGCGAGGUGCAGCUGGCGGCGGCGCGCGAGCGCAAAGAGCGGCUGGCCGACGCGGCGCUGAUGCCCCUCGCGCGCGGGGCCGACGAUGCCGCGCUCAACGAGGACUUGAAGCGGACCGAGCGGUGGCAUGAUCCCAUGGCUGAGUUUCUGGGGGCGUCCGGUGGUGGUGGUGAAGAAAACAGCGGGAGAGGAGUUGCUAAAAGGGGCCAGACGAUGAGAAGGCCCGUCUAUAAAGGCGCGGCGCCGCCGAAUCGAUACGGCAUCAGGCCUGGGUACCGGUGGGAUGGGGUCGAUAGGGGGAAUGGUUUUGAGGCAGAACGAUUCAAGGCGAUCAAUAGGCGCGAGAGGAAUAAGGGGCUGGAGUAUGCUUGGCAGAUGGAUGAGUGA